CUUUUUUUUUUCAAGGUUAUUUCCAGGUUUAUUGAAAAUAUGACACAACAGGCUCAAACGGCUCCACGUGGUGUUUUGAAAUUCAUCCCAACUGUAGGCUGAGUGACCUGCAGGUUGGAGAGACUGCCGAAGUCCAGAAGCUUCAGCAUUUCCUUGGUGUCAGGAUCGACCUCAAUGAUCUCCUGGUCUAGGGCUGGACCCGUCAACAUGGGCCGCGUGCGCACCAAGACCGUGAAGAAGGCGGCCCGGGUCAUCAUCGAGAAGUACUACACGCGCCUGGGCAAUGACUUCCACACCAACAAGCGCGUGUGCGAGGAGAUCGCCAUCAUCCCCAGCAAGAAGCUCCGCAACAAGAUAGCCGGCUAUGUCACGCAUCUCAUGAAGAGGAUUCAGAGAGGCCCCGUGAGAGGCAUCUCGAUCAAGUUGCAGGAGGAAGAGAGAGAGCGGAGAGACAAUUAUGUGCCUGAGGUCUCAGCCACAUGAAUCCUUAAUCAAGAA